GGUGACGGAAUGAUUGUCGCGAGUUGACAGGAGCUUCAGUUUUUACAGUAGCGCGUUUGAUUCGGACGGUCUCGUGAUGGCUAAAAGUGACGUCAGCAGUGAAUACUUCAGGAGAAGCAGUUUAUUCUGGAUUGUGAUCGUCACUGUCUCAUUGACUUUCUACACGUGGACGGUGUUUUGGCCGCAGGAUGUUCCCUAUGGCUCUCUGGGUCCUCUCGGUGCUCUGGCCAAACAUUUGGUUGACAAUCAUUAUCAGAUCAUGUAUUACGGAUGGUUUUUGACCUGGGUUGUACAUACGUUUGAGGCUCUCUAUGCGCUCAAAGUGUGCAGUGAUAAAGGGAUCGACAGCAGUUCAACACGUCUGCUGUGGUUUGUUCAGACCUUCUUUUUCGGUUUCGCCUCUCUGGGUAUUCUGCUCAAAUACAAGGCAGGCGGCCGAUCCAAACGGCAUUGACCGCAGCGUGGAAACUUCAUGUUCCAGCAGAAGCGUGCGGGAAGAGAGACCACACACUCCUACAGCACAGCGGCAGAGCUUUUAUUUUGUCAGUCAUAUCCUCGGCUCUGGACGUGUGUUUGACACCUUGUUCAUGAGCAGACGUGUGAAAGCGUGCAGUGAUUUUCCUUUUCUUUAAACAAUGAACCAUUCAAUGAAUGUUGAUCACCGGAGAAAAUCAUUUGAACUCGUCCUUCUGUUUUUAAGUUCUACUCUUACAGUAGAGCACUUAUAAUGGAGAUAAACAGGGCAACACCAUACAGUACAAACUAGGGAUGCACCGAUAGGAUAUUUUGGGCCAAUUUCAACAAAACUAUCAGCCGAUCAAUUGCAUACAGUACUACACAAUAUUAGCUUUCUCUGGAUUCUGUGUUUUCUUUUGUGUUUUACAACUAUGUUCAUAUGAACCAGUAUCUUACAUCUUAUGUUUUUAUAUUUUGCUUUUUUAAGUCUACUUACGUUGAAUUAAUAGUUUUGUAAAGUUUUAGUAGCAGUUUUGUCAUGUGGCUAACUGGACUUUUAUUUUGAAGACGGACUUUUAUUUUGACGUUUUGCCGCAAAGUUUGACAGCAGCUUCUCUCAAAUUAAAAUUGGCGGCCGAUACAUCGGUGCAUCCCUACUACAAACCAUUAUAUAUGUUUGAAGAACAUGUUCAUCCGAACUUAUAUAAAUCUAUCUCUUGAUGUUAAAGAUCUGUUUGACGAUCCGUUCUUCUGUUGAACAGAGAGGAUCAUAAAGAGCAGAAUGUUGUCAUAACUACACAAACAUGUUCAAAACAAUAACUUGAACACACCAAAUAACCUACAACUGGAAAAGCAAGCAAACAUUGGCUAAUGUCACGCACAUUUAUCAGAUUCUAAUGACAAAGUGUCUGACCCUUUUACAUUCAUCGUGAGCGUGUGUGAAAAUCACUUUACUGCUCAAUGUAAUUGAUCAAAUUUUAACAGUAGAAUUUUCACUUCAAACACUAAACCCUCAGAAGGUCGGUCAGGUCUUCAUUUAUACAUUUAUAAGAUCAUGUACAGAUAAACAGGGUUUUUCAAGUAAAUCGAGUGUGUGAGAUUGUAUUUUAAGAUCUUAUAAAAGCGCGAAGUGGAUUGAUGAAGAGCGUUUAAAAGAAAUAAAUCUGAUCCAACAUG